ACGGUGCGCUCGCAACUCGUCUCAGUGGAGGAGAUCUGAGCAUCUCACUGGCAUUUUCCCACCCUUCUCUCGUUUCUAGCCCUCGUUCUUUUGCCACCAAUCUUAUCGUCAGUGGGUCUGGAUAAAUGUGAGGGGAAAAGUCAUAGGAUAGACGAGAGAGAGGGGAAGAGCUCAGGAAGUGUUUGAUCCAACAUCUCUUGCACAUAUGACUGUGUUAUGUUCUGCUGUCUCCGGGUGACAGAGAAGCUUGUGCCCUUAGAUACCUCCUGCUUUUAGACUCUGUGCCAGAAUCACAGUGCACACUGUGUGGUGAACCAGAAGACCAGCAGUAUUCAUGGUCGCCCUCGCAGUACUUCGAUGAGGACAGCUACUCCCCUCCACCCAGGAACAUGAAGGGUCUCUCUGGCGGCCGCCCUGCCCAGCUCCAGCUUACCUCUCCCACCUCAGCCCACACCUGCGGCCUGGUUGAUUGUGACCAUUCCCUGGACCAUCACCUCCACCAUGGCAACUCGCGGCCCCCCUCCUACCUCCUCAGCCCCACAGAGAGCUGCCCCCUUGAGGGUCACCAUCGCUGCUCCCCGCGGAGUUCCAUCCACUCUGAGUGCAUGGUGAUACCGGUGUCCAUGUCGGCCACCGACCACUCCAUCUCUAGUAGCACUUUCCCCCGCAUGCACUACGGCAGCGCUUCACGGGACAGCGGUGGCAACACUUCCGGCGGCAGGGAUUCCCGAGAUGACGGUGGCUCAUCGUCACAUGGGGGCAGUGGCAAAAUGAACCGAAUCCCAGCAAACCUCCUGGACCAAUUUGAAAAGCAGAUGCCACUGCACCGGGAUGGCUUCCACACGCUGCAAUACCAACGCACCUCCACCACAACCACGACCACAGAGCAACGCAAUGAAAGCCCUGGGCGAAUACGCCACUUAGUCCACUCGGUACAGAAGCUCUUCACAAAGUCGCACUCUCUAGAAGGUUCCUCCAAGAUGAAUGGUACCAAAAGCGACUCGCACCGGGACAGCUCACACCACCACCAUCACCACCACCAAGGCCACCACAAACACAGCAAACGCAGCAAGAGCAAAGAACGUAAAUCUGACGGCAGCGGUAAGCAGCGCUCAGGAGGUUGGUGGAGUUCGGAUGACAACCUGGAUAGUGACAGCACAUACAGGACGCCCAGCGUCAUGUCACGGCAUCCUGUGGACCACAUCAGCCACUGCUACCCUGACUCGAUGCACGGCCACCUGGCUGGAGACCCGUCGCUAAAGACCUCCAAAAGUAACAACGAUGUCAAGUGCUCGGCCUGCGAGAGCAUAAGCAUGGCACCAGAGGGAAAGUUCAUGAAGAGGAGCUCCUGGUCAACGCUAACGGUCAGCCAAGCCAAGGAGGCCUACAGGAAGUCCUCACUCAACCUGGAGAAGCCCAUGACGCCCACUGACCUCAAGCCCAACCUCAGGCCCUGCCACUAUCUACAGGUGCCCCAGGAUGACUGGGGGGGUUACCCUGGCGGUGGGAAGGAUGACGAGAUCCCUUGCCGUCGGAUGCGGAGCAGCAGCUAUGUUAAAGCCAUGGGGGACGAGGAGAGCGGAGAGUCGGACUCCAGCCCCAAGACAUCGCCUCAGAAGAUGGUGCGGCCCGACGCCCUGGUCAAGGCCAUCAUCAGACCCAGGGACCUGCUGGAUUCCCAGAGCUCUUACCGCCUGGAUAAAAUCAACAGUGACAUGCGUAACUACAUCACCAAUUUUGCUGCAGACUUAAGUCAGAGCUACCACUUGCAAGCCACCAGGGACAUGCAUCCAAGCAUUGCCCUGGACCCCUCUGCCAACUACAACUCUCCCAAGUUUCGCUCCAGGAACCAGAGCUAUAUGCGGGCAGUCAGCACCCUCAGUCAGGCUAGCUGUGUUAGCCAAGUGAGUCAGGUGAGUGAAACAGAAAUAAACGGCCAGUUUGAAUCGGUGUGCGAGUCAGUGUUCAGUGAGGUGGAAUCCCAGGCCAUGGAGGCUUUGGACCUGCCCGGCUGCUUCAGGACCCGGAGUCACAGCUAUCUGCGUGCCAUCCAGGCUGGCUACUCCCAAGACGAUGAGUGCAUCCCACCCAUGGCCUCCACUGUUACCUCCACCAUCAGGUCUACCACAGGGAUCCAGUUCUGCCUCCCCUCCACCUGCAGCAUUGAUCGGACUCCCCAGCAAACCCCAGCCAUCACCUACACACCCAACUACAAGAAGGCCCCUCCUCCGGUCCCGCCUCGCACCACCUCCAAACCGCUCAUCUCCAUCACAGCCCAGAGCAGCACCGAGUCCACCCAGGACGCCUAUCACGAGGGGAGGCACACUCAUGGUGGAAUGUGGGCCUCUGACGGCCUCAGCCUGGGCCUGAACCCAGGCAGGGCUCUUUACAACUCCACCGACAGCCUGGACAGCGCCAAGGCUGUGACCAUCGCCAUGGAGGCAGCCGGAGUCAUGGCUGGGAAAAGGCACCCAUCCACAGAUAGCCACAGCUCGGUGCUCACCUGCGACAAGGCCAUCCUGGUGUCCAAGGCUGAGGAGUACUUGAAGACACCUCGAUCCUCUAUAGGGAUACAGGUGGAAGCAGCCACGGACUCUGAAUCUGAAAGCAAAGGUUCGCGGGAGUACCACUCUGUUGGGAUCCAGGUGGAGGACAACAAGAAAGGACAGGGCAGGUUCAAACGCUCCAACAGUGUGACUGCAGCUGUGCAGGCUGACAUGGAGCUGGAGGGCUUCCCUACCAUGGAGGACAAGGGCCUGCAGUUCGGUGGGGGCUUCCAGCGUCACUCGGAGCCCAGCACGCCCACCCAGUACGGGGCGGUGCGGACCGUACGUACCCAGGGGCUCUUCAGCUACCGUGAGGAUUACCGGACCCCUGCUGAACCCCCCAGUCCCAGGGAGACCACCAGCGAGAACACCUGGCAGCUGGAACCCCCCUCCCCACGGGAGAACGCGACCCCGUCGGGCGAGUCUGGCAGGGCAUCCCCCUCCCUGAGGAGGGAUGGGAGCUGGUUCAUGCAACUGCUCCACACAGAGACCAAGAGGAUUGAAGGCUGGUGCAAGGAGAUGGAGGCAGAGGCUGAAGAGAACGACCUGUCAGAGGAAAUCCUAGGCAAAAUCCGAAGUGCAGUGGGAAGUGCUCAGCUGCUUAUGUCUCAGAAAUUCCAGCAAUUCUACUGGCUGUGUCAGCAAAACCUGGACCCCAGUGCCAUGCCGCGGCCCACCUCUCAGGACCUGGCUGGGUUCUGGGACCUUCUGCAGCUCUCCAUCGACGACGUCACCAUGAAGUUUGACCAGCUGCAGCAGAUCAAGAACAACAACUGGAGGCCCAUAGAGAGCCCAGAGAAGAAGCCACCAGCCCCUGUACCAAAGAAGACAGUUCGACAGAGGAGUAUGGUGACGCGGGAGAAAUCCCUGGACCUCCCAGACAGGCAGCGGCAGGAGGCCCGUCGACGGCUAAUGGCGGCCAAGCGAGCAGCCUCCUUCCGGCAGAAUUCAGCCUCGGAGCGAGCAGACAGCAUCGAGAUCUAUAUUCCCGAGGCUCAGACUAGACUUUGAGAAGACAGGGUCCAGGGCCGACACGUCUCCCUGCUCCCACACUCAACUUUAAAACUAGCCUUUUUUCUAGACUGCUACUCUCUCUACUCUUCCUUUAUCCAUCUGUUGUCUGAUCUCGAUAGCCAUCCUCAGUGCCCAUCGCCAACACCAUUGGUCUGUAGGAUGUGCCGAGCCUCUUCUCCCAUUGCCAGAAUAAGUGUGAGCAGAAAUGUAUGUCUGACAUGGGUUGGUUGGGUUUCUUCUUGGUUUGCUGGUGAUCAUGAUACCCAGCCUACACGCUCUCUCAUCCAGUGUCCUGGAUGAGUACGUCUGUAGUUUUUCAGCAUUUGCAAAGUGCCAUUUAAAAAGUGCAGCUUUGAAAACCUACCAGCAACCAGGCCUUUGAGCUAAAAAGAGUAAACGAGAGAAAUUAUAUUUAUUUCAAGUUGUUCAAAAAUGGUCAAAGUCAGUAACCCUUCAGUAUUUUUCAAUAAUUUAAGGUUACAUUAUGACUCUUUUUGUUUCUUUGGUCUUUUUUGGGGUAAAUGUUAAUUACAAGCUAAAUAUCACAAAAUUGUUGUAAGUUCAAAAACUUUGAAAAGUGCCAAUGCUUGAAAUACCUCAACUAUGUGCAUGUGGCACUGAUCACCCAUUCAAGGUUAUUCAGGCAGCCCUUGUAAGCUCUGGACUGGUCAGUGUUGAAAAAAAUGCAGCUUUCUACUCAAUCUGGUUGUAGUCAAAUGUUUUUCUUGGUCUGGAUUGGUGGAAGAAUGACAUCUGUCAGCUCAUUAACAUGCACAUUUCAAACAACUUUCCUAUAUAUCUCAUGUUCCUGUUGCCAACUUUCAGAUAUUGACAUUUACUUGAAGCUGAAAACAUGCAAGUCUUGUGCCAACAUUUUCAUUAUGUCAAUGCAGUAGAAAAAAACUAUGAAGGUUUGUGUAACUCCUUAGAUCAAAAUGUGUAGACAAAUGCACUUAUGCACUUAUUACAAUUCUCUCUAUUUCCAAGGGAAAUGUACAUACCCAAGUUCACAAUAGUACUGUUGUAUUUUUUAAUUGUGAGCGGGAAGAAUAUUCAUCGUGUAGGCUAUAUUUUUUUUCCCUCAUGUCCACCUCUUGCCUGCCCUCUCUAUUGCUUUUGACAAAUCUAGAUCUGUUGCAUACACACAGUAGCGUUGUCACACACACACACAAAAACACACUGCUGUGUUUUCAUCUAAUAAACUUCUCUCAGGCCCUUUCAAGUAGUGCCCUCAGCCACAGUUAAUGAGGAGUGAUAGAAAAACUGCCAAAACAUGGACAAAAUAUCUGCAUACCAGUUUCAUUAAUCCAAGAAAUGAUUUGUAAUCUUCAUAUUUCUUGAAAAGUUCUGUGUUGCUGAACGUCUCCUGAAGCAGAAUCUUAACUGCGUUCACUCCCUCUUGGAGAGGCUGGGAAAUAAUGAAACAAAAGUGGGGCAGAGGCAUUCCAGAGGGAUGCAAGCAGCAAGUCCCAAAUAACUAAAACAUUGCAAGUCUGCUGAAAGGAAAUACAUGAGGAAUCAGAUAUUAACUGUCUGUGGCUGUGCAGACCAGUGUGUCAUAUUGUGUCUCAAUAUGAUGUAGUUAGCUAGAUAUUACUAUUUGCCUUUGAUUCCCAUCACAGUAUGUAGAUGUACCAGUUGCACCAGCUCUUCAUAAGUUUAGCUUUCUUAGAACAUAAAGUGGAGAUUUCCGCAUUAAAUCACGGAUAAAAUGGGUUGACCACACAAACAAACUCUGUAGAUUAGUUGUAGCCUACUCAACGCAGCAGCCUGGUGGAACUGUUAUGUAGCCAACACAGCCAUCUGACAAAACUAACAUUAGCUUGCUAAUACAUAGCAAAAGAUUAAGAAAUUAAAGAGUUAAUGUAAAAUAUGGUUGACAUAUCUGACCUGACACUGGAUCAAAAUGUCAGAAUAAUGAUGUAAACUGUAGAGAUUUUGAAUUGCUAUAUGUAUUGCAUAACAGUAUACUGAUAACAUGCAGACUAAAUGAUUUAGCAUAAACAGAUAUUUCCAACUCUUUCAAACCACACAAAUACUAACUCUAAAAAGCAUGUUUCUAACUUAAAGGAAUACUUAACCCUCGAAACAAUGACUUGUAUGCCAACGAUUCACCUUGUUUUACCUUGAAUUCUUGAAUAAAACUUUAUCUCACAUGCCUCCACAUUGAACGAAGAAUCCAAAAACAGAGAAAAUUCUUAAUCAUCGCAUAAAAGGGGACCACUUUAAACAACAUCAACAUUAUAUUAAAACACAGACACAACUCGAACAGUGUAAUCCAAGUCUCAUUUAUCCAGUUAUAUGCUCAGUACUUCCCAAACACAUGCAUUAUCACUAAAAUGCUAGUCUUGAAAAUACGUCAGCAUAUGAGUAGCAUGCAAAUUUGCAAUUUCCUAGGACAGUGAAGGAAUGAUCCGCCCUGAUCUCCCUAUGAUUGGCUAGAACUUGUUGCCUUCGUUAGUGGGAUUGGUUAGGGUUAGGGUAACAAUGUCAGGGUAAACCAACCAAAGGCAGAGUAAGGGGGAACAUUCCUUCGCUGGCCUUGGAUUAGCAAAUUAGCCAGUGGCACACCUGGGCAAGGACGUGCUUUUGAACUCUGUGCGUGCAUUCGAUUGAGAUCAGGAGGGCUCAAACACACAAGCUUGUCCAGGUGGACUACUCGUCAGUGCCUGAGUGUUUUAAAUCGCAAGAUUUUAGCAAAAAUGCAUGCGUUUGGGAAGCCUUGAGCACACUGGGCUUGAGCUGUUGUUAACCGUGGCCUCCAUUUGCUUCAAUUCAUCAAGAAUUUUCUCAGUUUUUGGAUUCUCCGUUCACUGCAGAGGCAUUCAUGAAUUCAAGGUAACACAGGGUGAGUAAUAUACAAAUGGUCAUUUUGUUGGUGAAAUAUUCCUUUAAUUUAUUAAAUGCUUAGGCUUAAAUGCUUAUUAAAUGCUCCAGUCUAGUAAAUCACUCAUUUGAAAGUACUGAGUAUAGAUACUAACAACCUAGAAAGGACUUACCACACAAAGUAAGUGACGGAUCUAUGAAUAGCUGGUGCAACCCAAUCAUGGUACAUGAUGUGAAACUGGAAAACUUAAUGUUAUGGGGCCUUGGAUAAGAGUCUAAUGACUUCCAGGUAGUUAUGAGUACUCUAUUUCCCAUUUGUAAACAUGUCGUGAGCAAAAGCCAACAUCCUGCUGCUCUUUAUUAUCAAUCUUUGGUGCCAGAACAUCAGUUGUAAUUGCGUUGCCAAUGUUAUAUUCAAAUCACUGACCUAAAAACUGAAGUCUAUUGGUAAAAAACGCUGGAUAAUCAACCAACUAAAUGGUGCUGCUUUUUAUUUAAUAAAUACAGUACUAGACAAACAAUCAAUGCAACACAAUGCGCUGUCAGCUGAUCGAAACAUCACAUAAAAAUCUAUUUUUAUGACUUUUUGGUUGCGCAACUGUGCCAGUGGUUAUUAUGGGUAGGACCACGGAGAUUUAUUAUAUGGCAGUAACAACAAAGUACAUUUGUCUGGAUUUGAAUAUUGUGUGUGUGUGUAUGUGUUUUGCGAUAUGUGUGCGUGUAUCUCGUUUUUGUAGCACAGUGCUGACACAUUCAGAAAAGAGCGGGUGAAUCUUGGGUCAGCGUGGCUUGAUUUCCUUAUUACUACCCAACUGUGGCCUGACCUGCACAUCUCUCUGACACACACACAAACACACACAGAGAUACACACUGUCCCUGAGUCAUCACUACCGUAGCAUCUAAUUUACUUUUUUACGUGGCAGAUUGUAGUUUUUAUGGAGGCGUAAUGCAUUCACUUUAGGGGAAAAAAAAAUGCAUUUUUUUUCUGAAUUAAUGAGAUUAUUAUCUCUGAAUUCUGAGAAAAGUUUUAAUCGAAAUAAAUUCUGCUCUUGUUUAUUUCAGCAUUAACGAUAUUAACAGCAUUAUUAGCUCGUGUGAAACAAGAGCAAAUUUUUUUCCAUGAAAACUUUUCUCAGAAUUCUGUGAUAAUAAUCUCAUUAAUUCAGCAAAACAAAGCUGAACCUUUUUUUAGGUGAAUGCGUCACACUCGUGGGCAGAUUAUGAAACAAUGGGCCCCUGGGCACAGACAUGCAGAAGGCCCCACCAUCUCUCCUACUCAGGAGCAAAACGCUCAGACAAUAUAGUUGUUAAGCCUCUUUUUGUUAAUGUUUUGCAUUUCUGUGGUCAUUUUUUUGUCUCUUUGUGAUUGUUUUGCCCCUUUUUAUAAUUGUUUUUAACUGUUUGCAGCUAUUUGGCAUCUCUUUGUAGUUAUUUUUGUCUCUUUAUGGUCUUUUUGUGUCUUUUUAGAGUCGUUUUAUAUUUGUUUGUGGUCAUUUUGAGUCUCUUCUUGGUCAGUACAUGUCUCAUCAAGUGACAUUUUGCAGGCGAAGGCCAAGGGGGCCCUAAUAUUUUGGGUCCCUGGGCCUGUGCCCUGUAGGCCCGUUCAGUAAUCCAUCCAUGAUUAUGCUUCCAUACAUUUGGAUCAAAUACAAUUUAAUUUUUUAAAAUUAUUUGCAGGACUCUUACCCCAUUAUGACUCCAAGUAUAGAUAUGUUUUACUCGAACCUGUUUCCAGAAUUCAAACCA